AUGGGUGUGUGCAGCAGAAGUGGUGUUCUCACAUCAGCCUUCUCAUUUGGUUUGCCAUUAAUGAUAUUAUCGUAUGGCUUUGGUCACAUGAGUGGUGCUUAUUUCAAUCCAUCAGUCACACUCGGUGCAGUUUUGGCCGGUGAAAUUCUGCCGAUAAUGGCAAUGUUAUAUUUUAUUAUGCAAAUAAUGGGCGGCAUUGCUGCGGGCGGUAUUUUAAAAGUUAUACUUCGACAACGUGCUUAUGGUCUGUGUCAGGGUGGUGCAACAUUGCUCGCUAAAUAUGCACCGUUCAAUAAUACCAGUGGCGCUGCUGGUAUUCCCCACCAUUACCCUGAUGAGAGUGUUGUUUGGUGGGAGGGUCUACUAAUCGAAAUGAUUGUCACAUUUGUGUUUGUCACCAUAUUCAUCAUGGUUGCGGUCGAUCUCAAAGCGAAAACUGGCCUCGCACCCUUAAUUGUCGGCUUCACAUUUGUUGCCUGCAUGGUGUCGUCUGACAGUUUGAAUCCGGCAAGAAGUUUGGGUCCAGCAAUUUUUGCAAAUCAAUGGGAUAAUCAUUAUGUUUUUUGGAUAGGACCAAUUCUUGGCGCUGUUUUGGCAGGAGCGGGAUACCGGGGUUUUAGUCAAGGAUAUGAAAAAUGA